CGGAUUAAACAGGUGAGGGCAGCCUGCGGGGUUGGGUAUGAGCGCUGUGGCCGGACCGGGGAGAAACACUCGCACCUCGACACACCCCGCUGUUUGACCGCGUGCGCCGGGCACCUGGCACCAGAGAAGCGGUUUGUCGGCUGCUUACGUUAGCGGGCGCUAAGUAGGGAUCGGGGAUUACACCUUGCAGCGAUUUCGGGAGACAUAUCGCACAGCGACAAAAUAAGAGCUGCGAAAUGGACGUGGAUGAGUUCCGCAAGCGAGGGAAGGAGAUGGUCGACUACAUUGCCGACUACAUGGGGAACAUUGAGCAAAGGCAGGUGUACCCUGACGUCCAGCCCGGGUACCUGAGGUCUCUCAUCCCAGAGGAGGCUCCGGAGGAGCCGGACACGUAUGAGGAUGUGGUCAGAGACAUUGAGAGGGUCAUAAUGCCAGGGGUGACACACUGGCACAGCCCCUACUUCUUCGCCUACUUUCCGACAGGGAGCUCUUACCCCGCCAUGUUGGCCGACAUGCUGUCAGGGGCCAUUGGCUGCAUCGGCUUUUCAUGGGCCGCUAGCCCCGCCUGCACCGAGCUGGAGACGGUCAUGUUGGACUGGCUUGGCAAGAUGCUUCAUUUGCCAGGAGAUUUCUUGGCCGGGACAGAGGGACAAGGCGGGGGCGUCAUACAGGGUACAGCAAGCGAGGCCACCUUGGUGGCUCUACUGGCCGCUCGCUCCAGGAUUAUCAGAUUCAUCCAGUCUGACAGCCCAGAGCGCACCGAGGCUGAAAUCACAUCCAAACUGGUGGCCUAUUCCUCUGAACAGGCACACUCCUCAGUGGAGCGGGCUGGCCUCAUUGGGGGUGUGAGGAUGAGGAAGAUCCCCACUGAUGACAAGUUUGCCCUUCGAGGAGAAACAUUCAGGAAGGUGCUGGAGGAAGACAAGAGGGCAGGACUCAUCCCCUUUUAUCUAUGUGCCACCCUUGGGACGACUCCAUCCUGUGCAUUCGACAACAUUAUUGAACUGGGUCCCAUAUGUACCUCGGAGAACAUCUGGAUGCACAUCGACGCAGCCUACGCUGGCAGUGCCUUCAUCUGUCCUGAAUUCAGACCCCUUCUCAAUGGUAUAGAGUUUGCGGAUUCCUUCAACUUCAAUCCUCACAAGUGGCUCUUGAUCAAUUUUGACUGCUCUACCAUGUGGGUGAAGAAGCGAUCUGAUAUCAUUGGUGCUUUCAAGAUGGACCCACUGUAUCUAAAACAUGAUCACCAGGAGUCAGGGCUGGUGACAGACUACAGACACUGGCAGAUUCCACUGGGCCGGCGAUUCCGCUCCCUGAAGAUGUGGUUUGUCUUCCGGAUGUAUGGGCUGAAAGGCCUCCAAGCCCAUAUCCGAAAGCACGUGGCCCUUGCCAAAGAGUUUGAGGGACUGGUUCUGGCUGACGGGCGCUUUGAGAUCAGCGCGGAUGUCAUCCUGGGUCUUGUCUGCUUCAGACUCAAGGGAUCGAACGAUCUGAACGAGACCUUGCUGAAGCGCAUUAACAGUGCCAAGCGGAUUCACCUGGUCCCUUGCCAGUUAGAGGGCAAAUUUGUGCUGCGCUUUGCCAUCUGUGCCCGCACCAUCGAGUCCCGGCACGUGCAGGAAGCCUGGGCACACAUCACCCAGGUGGCCUCGGAGCUGUAGCUGCUCACCUCUCACAGCAGCGACCUGGCCACACCUUCACCUGUGUGUCUGUGUAUUCAUGUUGAGUAUGAAGAGAAAGUGUAAUAUUGUUUAUGAACUGCAGGGGGCUCAGUUUGGUAACACGUUUUUAAAUUCAGAAAUCAACAGAAAUCAAAAACAAAAAUUAGGUUUGAACUGGAUUGAAUCGUUGAGUGUGUCGAAGGAAUUUUAUAAAAUCUAAUUGGUUUGUAAAAAAUUAAUGGCCUGGGUCCUGGUGAUGCUGUUCUGGUCAGUCAGUUUACACUGCACAGUUUCUCAACCCAGUCCUUGGAGAUCCACAGCCAGUCCACAAAGCUGUCUUCAUCGCUAUCAUUUUGCUUCCUUCCAGCUCCUUUCCAGACAGUCCACAUUUUUGCUUCCUCCCAGCUCUCUGCCAGACAGUCCACAUUUUUGAUUCCUCCCAGCUGUCUGCCAGACAUUCCAUAUUUUUGCUUCCUCCAAGCUCUCAUUAAGCAAAAUCAUGGACUCUCUGCAGGUCACCAUGGACUAGAUAGGGAAACAAUGGUCUGCAGAGCUGCAUCUUAAAGAGCAGUGGCAGUAUAGAAACAGCUCCCUCCUUAGCCCCCCCGCUGCUGUAUUUUGCUCCUCCCCCUACCUCCAAAUCCCCAUCAGCGACAGGCCAGCCUUUCUAAAGAUACAGAUAGGAUCUGACAUGAGGAGAGGUCAUUUCAGUUUAUCCAGCUGUUCGAAUUCUUUAGCCAGCUUCAGGUGGCUGCGGCAAGACCAGAGAAGAGCAGGAGUGUGUCAGAUUAACAACAUUAUUAUCCUUAAUUAACACAAUUAAUCAGUUUGCAAUCAGGAACUUCCUGUUCUCUGUGUUUACAGUAACCACUUCUGAGGUACCAAAUAGCGAGCAGAUCGGCCUUAAUGCUGCAUGCAUUAGCCAGGCGACAUCCUUUAUGUUUUUGCCGGUUAUACCAAUAUCUGCCAAAAAAAAUAAGCAGCCAUGUUAUUCUGUGUGAUGUUCAUUAUCUCUGUGUAUCAUCUGUUUCUCUGGCUUGCAGGAAUAAAGUACAAAGAGAGCAGAAACAGCCCACAGCUAGUUAUCAAUGUACUGAAGCGAAAGCAUUGCUGUUACAGCUCUGUGAUGAGUGGCACCUGGAGCCACCUGGUUUGAGAAUCAGCGCUAAAACAACGUUCACUGUGGAAAUGAAUGCCUUCAUAAGUACUUAUUUCAUAACUGGAUGCAUAAAAUGCACAGUCUGCAUUGAGAAUGUUUCUAUUUUUUUAGGUUUUAAUGUUCAUAAGAAGUAUAUAAAAUGCAUAUCUAAAAUGUCUGUUAUGGAUACAUUACUUAGUUGUGAGCGACAUUUAGAACAUCCCAAAAAAAUAACUCCCAUGAAUGUAAAUUAUGGACGACCCAACACUUUAGUGAUUGUCUGAUAAUUGAUUACAGGUCAAUAAAACGGUAACGCGGUACAAAAACGAGGUAUGAUUUUAUUAGAACAGAAUUAUUGAUGGAGUAUUGUGCUUUUUCGCAAAAGGAAAACAAUGAUGAUUUUAUUUUUAUCAUCCUCCACAAUUGACUGGCAGGCCCCCUGUAAUAUACUGUCUCUGCAUACAGCCCAUCCUGUGUGACAGGGCAGCUCCCCGUGCUCCGCUCCGCUCCGCAGCUGUGCUUCCAGGCAUCCUCACCCGUUCCCAGCACCCUCCUGAAUCAGUGUCUGCUUUUCCGGAACUGCAGUGUUUAUGAGUCUCAGUGCAGCACAGGGGAAAAUGCUGCGCUUGUCCUGCUUGGUCGUGGUUUUUGACCAUCACAGCCUUGUUUGCUCCCGAACGGGUUCAUGUUGUGAAUGUAACUCCUCCUUAUGUGAUUUACCUGUUUUCAUCACUUAUGCUGUUUAUGGCAGUGUGGGGGUGGAGGUGCCCUUGGCGCAGGGUCAUAAACAAGUAGAUUCCCCAAGAAAAUACGACUGGUGUGCAUGUUUGUAAAUGUACUGCAGUGUUAAAGAAAUAAAUAUUGUUAUAUCAUUAA